AUGGAGAACUAUUAUAGUUUAAUAGCUGGGAGUGCUGCUGCAGCCCCUGGAAUUCCCCCCAAAAAUGCAAGCUUCUGCAAGAACAAUACGCUAGAUCCUACCUUAAUUAAGGGGAAGAUUGUGGUAUGCACAACUGAGUUGCUUACUGACAUACGCGCAGAAAAGGCCAUUUUUGUGAAACAAGGUAUUGGUGUUGGGAUGAUACUCAUUGAUCCAGUAGCCAAAGACGUUAUCUUUCAGUUUGUAAUCCAUGGUAGUGUUAUUUAUCCAGAAGCAGCAGAAGAGCUUCAGGCAUAUAUGGCCACAGAAAAGUAG